AUGGCAGGUAAUAGGCUAUCUACGUCGGAGUUAUACUUGUUGGCUAACAUGGCCAGACACAAGCUUUUGACGGCUGCGCAGGUUGGGCACCAGGAUCAUGAUUUGAGAAUACUUGUUGGGCAUGCCAACCUGCUAGAUAGCUUAACUGAGAUGCUGAACCACGAGCACAUGUAUAUGCAUUCGACGGUUUAUAUCGAAAAUAAUGAGCGGGUUGGGGAGGUUAAUGAGUAUACCGAAGUGUUGUCAAUUGUGACUGUUGACUACGAUCACGAGGACUUUCAAAGAGAUCUAGAUCACGAUGUGCUAGGUUUCCCCUCUGUUGUUUCGUCUGAUCUUGUUCCAUGCUUUAACACCUGA